AUGACGGGUCUUCCAAGUCACCGGAGUCCUACGCACCGAUCGGAUACACAUGAAUCUCCUAAUAGUAUUUCACGAACCGAAAAUACUUCCUUUCCGAGCCUUCCAUCGGUGUAUUCUUUAUCUCCUCUGGAUGUACUAGGCUCUGUGACACUACAGGAAUCGCCUUCUGACUCCCGGCAUCAAUAUCAGUGGGAGCCAAGGGACCGUAUGAUUAGUGAAUCUAGGUCUGCCGAAAUCUCAGAGAACGUUUUGGCUGAGUACAUUGAGUUUUUCCGGGAAAAGAUCUUGUACUGUGUACCUGUUAUCGACGAUGAAGACCUCAGAGAUGAGCGGUAUGUUAUUGCUCAUAAGCGACCUUUAGCUUAUUGUGCAAGUUUUGUUGCUUCCCAGUUCAUUCCUGGAAGUGCAAAUGUACGACAACAGCUUCUCGCCCAUACCUUGAAUUUUAUUGAAACUACUAGAGGCCCUUUGACGCAGGAUGAAGACAUACUCUGGACUCAACUACAGGCUCUAGCCGUUCUCUACGCAUAUCGCUCAGCUGGAGACCUCUUUCCACUCUCUGGAGCGCCUCGACCCCACGGCUUCCUUGACCACUGGACGCUAAAAUCUUCAAUUGAGACUUUCGCAUUAAAAGCGGGACUACACCGCUCGAUCGAUAGACUUAAGGUUCUACUAAGAAAAGAUUCGUCAGAUAUAUCAAAAUCAUUGACCUUGGCUAUGUACGUGUACUGGUUAUGGCUUGUGACUAUGUCCCAUCACUUCUCCCUGAUGACUCGGACGCCUCCGACGUUGCGAGAAGACAGUACCAUUACUCUAGCGGUCGGCCUGUUAAGGGAUAUACCACGACCAUCGAGGAUGACUCGCAUUCUCGCCGAAGUGGACCUGUAUACACUCUGGCAACAAGCUGGGCGAAGCGCACCAGGUCUAGCCGAGUGGUGGUGUACACCUUCAGACUCAAUGAGCGUCGAGGCAAUUGUUGCCAUUCUGGACGACUUUGAAGGGGCUCUGGAUGUAUGGAGCAAAAGAUGGGGUCUCCGUGGCGAUUCCAACGUAACUAUAUCAAAUGUCGACACAUCGAAGAAUGGAGCUGUAAAUUUCCACUUCCAAAGCACUCGCUUCUGCAUCAGCUCAUUUGGCACGAGAUACAUUCUGGAGAAGACUCGAUGUGCGUACGACGAGGAAUUUACUUCUCGUUCCACUCUCAGCCAGUUGGCCCGAGAGUCUGUUCUGAAGUCCGUUCAGGCGGCGCAUGCUUGUUCACGGUGUCUCGUGGAUAUUUCGCCACUACGGCGGGAAACUUUCCGGUACAUGGGGGAUCUUGGGUACGCUUUCGUUGCUUUCUGCUGCCUGUACCUCAUCCAGGCGUACGAAUUGUUCGGAGCAACCUUACCGAUGCCGGACAGCUACAUGACUUCUGUAGAAGAAGUCGCCAACCUUAUGACAGAAAUGGCUGUCGCCAACAACACCACUCCGCAACUAUACGGUAACUCAAUAUUACGACAGCUGAAACGCGCUCUUGAGGGAUCUACAGCUGUCUACCGGGAUGCUCAGCUGUGGACUGAGACGGAUAACGAAGCUAUUGGAGAGCCUGCACAUCCCCCGAUGGAACAGCCUCCACCGACACCUGAUGUUGAUCUCAUUAACGUUCCACCACCUGGGCAUUAUCUCCGCCAUGAUGACGCAGGAUUCCAAUUGCAGGCGAAUUCAGCUUUUGCCACGAGCCCGCCACUCUUCUCCAUAUUCGAACCCAGCUGGGCUCAUCUUCUGAGGUAG